CGUGUAUUGGCAGCUUUGGGGGUCGGAAGCUCAUUUUCAUUGUCCCUUGAAAAACAUCCUCCAAGAUGCCGAAGAUCAGUCGUCACCGAAACUACCGUAAGACCUACCGCACGCCGUCGCGCGCGUUCGAAAAGGAACGUCUCGACCAAGAGAUGAAGCUCUUGGGCGAGUACGGUCUUCGCUGCAAGCGCGAAAUCUGGCGUGUCCAGUACACGUUGGCCAAGCUCCGCAAGGCCGCGCGUCAGCUUUUGACGUUGGACCCGAAGGACCCCAAGCGCUUGUUCGAAGGCCCUGCCCUCAUUCGCCGCUUGAAGCGAUACGGUCUGUUGGCGGACGACGAAAACGAAUUGGAUUUCGUGUUGCAAAUGAACACCCAAAAGUUGUUGGAACGCCGUCUCCAAACCAAGGUGUUCAAGCAAGGUCUUGCCAAGAGCAUCCACCAUGCGCGUACCUUGAUCAAGCAACGCCACAUCCGUGUCGGCCGCCAAUUGGUCGACGUGCCUUCCUUCAUGGUCCGCCUGGAUUCGGAAAAGCACAUUGACUUCUCCGUCACGUCGCCUUAUGGCCAAGGCCGCCCCGGCCGUGUCGCCCGCAAGCGCGCCGCGCAACGCGCCGCCGCCGCCAACGGCGGUGCUGACGAAGAAGACGACGAAUAAACUCGUCGCUUUCAAGGAUGACAACGUUGCAAGACUGGUUGUUUGGUAGAGGGCAUAUGAUGAAGUAAAAGACUCGCUAUUGAAUAAUACACGGCAGUCCUUUAUGUUGGAUGCUGCAGUUGGGACUAUGUUGGAC